UCGAGUAGUACAACAACUCGGACAAUCCUCGCAAGAGAAUCUCAAGCUCGUCUCAGCAGCAGCCGACUUCUUCGACUCUGUCAUCAUGUACAAGUGCACCGCUCUUCUCGCCCUGCUCGUCGCCUGCGUCGCCGCGGCGCCUGCCCCUGGCUACCUGGCAUCCGCACCAGCUGUCGCAUACUCGGCGCAUCCUGCACCCGUCGUCCACGCGGCUGCUCCGCUCGCCUACACCGCACACGCGGCUGCUCCGCUCGCCUACACCGCGCACGCGGCUGCUCCGCUCGCCUACACCGCGCACGCAGCCCCGCUCGCCUACUCCGCUCCGCUGGCAUACACCGCGCACAACGCGCACCUCGCCUAUGCCGCACCUGCUGUCAGCUACGUCCACUGAUUGUAAGAUGGACCUGCGGGACGCACUUUCCUUGGGAGCGAAACGACAAGGCCGAUCUUCUCUAUUUUGCCCGAGCGACAACGUCGUCUGGAUAUUUUUUUUACUCGACUCGAGAGGAAAAUAAUAUACGUAUAUAAUUUUUAUUAUACUUAACA